AUGCCGGUCCCUACUUCGUUCGUUUCUAUCUUUUUUAUGAUCAUAAAUAUGGCCUUAGGCCGAAUACGAUCGGGAAGAUCUGAAGAAUCGUGCGGGGCAUCUUAUGUUCGGAACGAAUGGUCUGUCCAGUCGUCCACUGUCUUCGCUGAUUGUGGCGGGGCGAACAUACUAGCAGAUUACCGGCUAACUGGGUGGCAAUCUAAAAGGAGAACACUAUCGAAAGACCAGAGGCUAGACUUCAUAUCGGCUGUAAGAUGCCUUCAGUCUAAAUCGGGGAAGACAUCUGGCACGUUCGCUGGGGUUAAAUCUCGAUACGAUGACUUCGUAGCAUUGCAUAUUACCCAAGCAGACAACGUCCAUUGGGUCGGUUUAUUGCCUUCCUAUGACGGCUCCGAUGUAUCAUUAACACAAUCAGCUGGCACCGAUACUUCUUAUGGCUAUUUGAACAAGCUCUUCGAAACGAGUGUUCAUAUGACGGAUCUGUACCAUUGGACACAAGAUGCCGUUGACGAGGCAUCACUCUUAGGCUCGCCGAUUUUCGACCCAAAAUAUGGAUUUGGAGGUAACGGCGAUUACAUAGAGGACAUUAGCAAUUUCCCGGACGAAUGGGUAACAGACAUAGAUAUACCUGGAAGGACAGGAGGCGGAUGUCUUCCGAAUGGGCCGUUUGCCGAAACCAACGCGUCGAUGGGACCUGGGAGGCAUACCGAGUACACCCCUCAUUGUAUUCGACGAGACUUUAGCCCUUGGCUGAUGCUGCGAACACUAAACACUAGCACGAUCAAUUUCGUCUUAAACGCCAGUAGCUAUUUUGAGUUCGAACACCGGAUCGAGGGUCUCACCCUUGGCAUUGAGGGAGUGUCGGUCCACAGUGGUGGACAUCUAGGUAUCGGGGGAAUGAUUGGCGACAUGGCGAACACUUGGUCCUCGACGGUCGAUCCGGUCUUUUGGGUUCAUCAUUGUGCCAUAGAUCAUCUAUGGGAUACCUGGCAGCGAGAAGACUGGAAAUCUAGGAGGUCGGAUAUAGGGGGUCCUGAUACACAAUGGGCAUAUCCGUACAACUAUUAUGGCGACAAGCCUUAUACGAACGUCACCCUGGACUUUGCAAUGGAUUUGGGUGACAUAGGAGGAAUGGUGAAAAUUCGCGAAGUCAUGGACGUACAUGAUAGUCCAUUAUGUUUUGCAUACUCGUGAGCAUAGGAAGUUGGUGGUCUAGAAUAAGGCGAGGAAGAGCACCCUUCACGAUUGACUCUCAUGAAGACGAAGAGUCUUCGUUUGGGAAAAGAAAAUCUGGGCCGGUAAAGAUAUUUCUGAUUUGAGGUUUCCAAUUGGAAUC